GGUUUGACAGCUGCGCCUGUUGUUGGGCAGCACGACAAGAGUUUGGCAAUAGGACCUUCUUCUAGUACGUGCGCAGUCGCGGCAAAGACUACGCAAACGAAACCAUCCUCAUCAUACCGCCCGCCGCCUGGACUACCACCGCCUGAGGGAAUUAUGACUCUCGUGCAGGAGCCGGAGGCUACGGGUGAGGUUGUUUCUCUGAUGAAUCGGCCGGAAUACCGCCGCGCCGAUGCAGAGGAACUACCUGCAGAGGAGGCUGUCACUGGAACGGCUCCACCUCGACCUCCAGUGGACGCUUGUUCUGAAGCCCCGCGUCGUGACCAGGAAAAAAGAACGAGAACCGAGAAUCAGAGACACGCCGCAGAACAAGAUUUUGCUUUUGCACCACGUUCCCCGGAGCUGCGGCAUGAACAUGAUGCCGCUUGGUCGCAUCAUGGAGGGCCUUUGGGGUUUGAUGCUGCUUAUUCUCCUCCAGCUUACCCGCCGCAAUAUCACCCACAUCUUCAAGAGCAUCCAGUUUACGACUACAACUCCUAUGUGCAUUUCAUGCACGCGAUGCACCAGCACCAGCAUCUCCACAACGGCGGCCAACUUUUGCCGCACCCAGACCACAACGGCAAUACUGCAGCAGCUGCUCUCCACCAUCACCACUACCCGGCGUUUCCUUACCCAACAGGUGCCUUUCCACCUUAUCCCCCGAUCUCGCAUACGACACCGGACGCAGGAGCUGCUGGCGAAGAUCCCUUCUACGCUGCUAUUGCUGCAGGAGGGCAGGAGCAGCACUUGUUUUACAACGCGUUCAGCACGACUAUGAUGUCAGGUGGAGCUCACCCUGUCGGGGUUGCAGCUGUUCAGCAGGGUAAAAACAACUGUCAAGGUGGUAAGGACUUUUCUUCUCGACGAAACAAAAAUGGGGAUCGGGAUGAUAACAGGAAUUCCGGCUCUUCCUCCAAGAAACGGCAGCGCAACAGCAAA